AUGUGCUUUGGAGAUAGUAAGAGAAUUUGUCCGAACAGAUUCCCUUGCCACCACCAUCCCGUCUUUAUCACGCAAGCUCCUCGUCUCCUCCCAUACCCGCCUUCUGCACCAUCCCUUUCUUCUCCCUCCGUCAUUUUCUACCCGCGCGACACUCUUUCUGCGGCCAUGGGGAGAGACGCCACGGGCGCGGGGUCAGGAGCGGGGACAGGCGCGCGGGGGGUUCCGGCAGCGGAGCAGUUUUGCCUAGAGCGGUACGGAGGGUUGCUGCGGGAGGAGGAGCUGCGGGCGUUUGACGGCAUGGCGGGUGACUAUGAGAUCGCAUGGCACAUGCGACGACUGCGUCCGUCCAACCACCCGUCAUCGCCGCACCCGUCGGCUGCUGCUGUGGUGAAGAACCGACGCCUGGCGGUCAUGACUCGCCUGGAACAGUUACAUGACGCAUUAUGCAAGACACAUGAAGCCGUGCCCACACCACCACACGCUUACGACCAUGCUCCCCCCCCCCACACACCACGCACCCACGAGCAGCAGGGCGUGUUUUUCAGCGAGGAAGCAAUGAGGGAGAGAGACCCACUCCUGCAUCAGGACUACCUGGGAGGGUUCGACAGAGCACCUGGAGCAGUGGUGGCACUAGCAGGAAGAGGCGAAGGGGGAGAGGAAGACGGGGAGGGAGGAGGAGGGGGACGGCCAGGGGGAGGAGGGGGAGAAGGAGGGGGAGCGGGAGCGGGGGCGGGAGCGGGAGGAGGAGAAGGAGUGGGAGUGGCAGUGGCUGCGGCAAGGGGGGUGGGUGGGGUUGCAGAGGGCAUGUUUGUGGCUCGACCGGGGGAGAGGCUUUGGGAGAUGCUUCUGAGGCAGACUGAUGAGGUGGCGAUACAGCAGGCUCUGGUGAGAGGUCGGAGGGCGCGAGAGGGAGGGGUGAGAGGGAGAGGCAGGCGUGGACGGAUGAUGGAGGAGGAAGAAGAGGAAGAGGAGGAGGAAGAAGAGGAGGAGGAGGGGGGAGAGGAGGAAGAGGAUGAAGAGGAAGAGGAAGGAGGGAUGGAUAUGAAUGGCCGCAGGGAUGAACACUGGGGGCACAUGCAGAUGGAGUGUGAAGGGCAGGGGGAGGAAGGGAAGGGUGGGGAGAAAGGGGAGGAGGAGGAGGGAGGAGAAAGAAGGAGCAAUGUGGCAGCGGCACAAGGGAGAUUGCAGGGGGAAGCAGGGAGGUUGGUGUCAGAGGUAGGUGCUGGAGCCGGUGCUGGGAGAGACGUGGCAGCAGCAAGGGCUAUAACAGCAGGGGGGUCUACAGCAGGGGUUGCUACAGCAGGGGGUGCCAGAGCAGGGGGUGCUACAGCAGGGGGUGCUACAGCAGGGGGUGCCAGAGCAGGGGGUGCUACAGCAGGGGGUGCCAGAGCAGGGGGUGCUGCAGGAAGGGGCGAUGGGAUUGCAGGAGAUGAGAGGCGAGCAGCAGGAGGAGAAGCGGGAAGAAGUGGAGGGCAGGAGAGCGCAGCACGAGGAGAUGAGUCGGGAGCUGGGAGAAGGAGAAGCAGUGGUGGUGGAGAAGCAGACCAGGGUAGGACACAGGUUAAGGGCAAGGAAGGAGGACAGGGUGAGGGAGCGGGAGCGAGAGAGGGGGAGGUUCCUAAGGGCCAGGAGGAUCAAGAGGAUCAGGAGGAUCGGGAGGGUAGGGAGGGUAGGGAGGUUUGGGAGGGUGAGGAGGUUUGGGAGGGUGGGGAGGAUAGGGAAGGGGCGCUAGAGGAGUUGAGAUGGGCGAUGAAGGAGCGGUUCUUGGCAGGGAGGGAGGCAGAUGUGGACUAUGGGCGCAUUGAUGAGGAUGAGAGCUUGGACGAUGACUGGAUGGCGGAGGUCAAUAGAGACGCGGAAGAGCGGUACUUUGGGGCAGACUGA